AUGGCCAAGUUCAGCAUUGUCUUGCUUCUCGCCGCUAGCUCCUUGGCCUUUGGCAGCCCUGCUGCUGUCCAGCCUGAGGCUCGUCAAGCCGCUGGAUGCCAGCCCGACUACACAGUUUGCCGUGAAGGGUGGGCUUGGUGCUGCUACAGCUCCUCCUCUUGCUACGAGUUUGCCCCUCCAAUGCCUUGCUAG